CACGCCGUCAUCCAGGUCAACCCGGACGCGCUCAGGCAGGCGGCCCGCGCCGACGCCGAGCGCUGCUCCGUUCGCCGCAGUCGGGCUAGCGGCGCGCUGCGCGGCGUGCCCGUCCUGCUCAAGGACAACAUCGCCACGCGCGACGCGCUCAACACCACGACCGGGUCGUUCGCGCUGCUCGGCUCCAUGGUGAGGCGGGACGCCGGUGUGGUGCGCAGGCUGCGGCGCGCCGGGGCCGUGGUGCUGGGCAAGGCGAACAUGGACGAGUGGGCUAACUUCCGCAGCUUCUCCGGCGGCGGCUGGAGCGCCCGCGGUGGCAAGGGCAGGAACCCCUACGUGCUGUCGGCCACACCGUGUGGGUCAAGCACGGGGUCGGCGAUCGCGGCAGCGGCGAGCAUGGCGGCGGUGACGCUGGGGACGGAGACGGACGGCUCGAUACUCUGCCCGGCGUCGCUGAACUGGGUGGUGGGGAUCAAGCCCACGGUGGGGUUGACCAGCCGGGCUGGGGUUAUUCCCAUCACACCACGCCAAGACACUAUCGGGCCUAUUUGCCGCACUGUGGCUGAUGCAGUCCACGUGCUGGACGCCAUCGUUGGCUAUGAUGCCCUCGACCCUAAUCCAACGAUGGAAGCUUCUAAGUACAUCCCUCGCGGUGGAUACAUGCAGUUCUUGAAAAAAGGUGGCCUUAGUGGGAAGAGGAUCGGCGUUCCUAGUGGCUUCUUCAACUUCCCAAACGGAACUGUGCAACAGAUGGCCUACGCGCAACAUCUCAACACAAUGAGGAAACAAGGAGCAGUUAUGAUUGAGAACCUUGACAUAGAGAAUUUAAGUGUCCUAUUGGAUUCCCAAAACAAUGGCCAACAGAUCGCAUUACCAGCAGAGUUCAAGUUAAGCCUCAACUCCUAUCUGUCAAACUUAUUAUAUUCCCCAGUUCGGUCGCUUGCAGAGAUCAUAGCUUUCAACAAUGCACAUCCUGUUGAGGAAAACAUGAAGGAAAAUGGUCAAACCGUAUUCCUGGUGGCUGAGAACACGACGGGCAUCGGUGCCUCGGAGCAAGAGGCGAUCAGUCAGUUAAACAAGCUGUCCGCCAAUGGGUUGAAGAAGUUGAUGAGGGAGCACGAGCUAGACGCCAUCGUGACACCUAACAAUGCAGUAUCCUCAGUGCUCGCCAUUGAUGGCAUGCCGGCCAUCACCGUGCCGGCUGGGUACGGCAAGCUGGGGGUGCCGUUUGGUCUCUGCUUUGGCGGGUUGAGAGGGUACGAGCCGAGGUUGAUCGAGAUGGCGUAUGCCUUUGAGCAGGUUACCAUGGUCAGAAAGACGCCCACGUUCUUGCCAUAGAACUGGCAAUGCGGAGAGGUCGUGUUGGGACUUGUUUAUUUUCGUGCCACGGUGUUUAUGUACGUCUAUGGUGUAAAUCAUGUUGGCACUUCGUUAUUACUGUUGGAUGGACCGUC